GUUUAUUAUUAGGGCCGUAUCCGGAAUUGGCUGACGUCGGCAACAGCGACAACUGACAGACAGAGACGCUGAUGAUGAUGAGACGUUGUGGUGGCGGUGGCGCUGCUCCCGUGUCAGUGCAGGCAGUGGUGUUGGCUGUGCUGGCGGUGGGCAGUGUGCUCUUUGUCACUGCUGUGGACCGCAGCAACUUCAAGACAUGCGAGCAGAGCGGGUUUUGCAAGCGCCAGAUCCUCGAUCGGCCGAGCGACUGGACGUCGCCGUACACCGUCGAACGCAGCAGCGUGGAGAUUGUGGCCGGGAGUGACGGCAAUGGACAACAGCAGGCGCUCGUCUUUGACCUGAAAGACUCGCGCGAGACCAAGCUCCUGCGCGCCUCCAUUGUUGGCUUUGAGAGCGACACCCUCCGCCUCGUCAUUGACGAGAAGGAGCCCAUCCGCCCUCGCUACCGCGUACAGGAUGUUGUGUCGGAGGACCUGGUGAACACGCCCGCGAAGAUUCAGAAGAGUGACAGCUCCACGGAUGAGCACUUUGUCGCUGAUGUUCUUGUCAACCACGACGUCAUCGGUUCCAUCAUCGUCACCUACGCCCCCUUCCGCAUCGACUUUAUGCGCGGCGACACUGCCGUUGCGACGGUGAAUGGCCGCGGGCUGUUUGACUUUGAGCAGCAGCGGGAGCGGCGUGACGGCGACGUCGAUGGCAUGUGGGAGGAAUCCUUCAAGACCCACAAGGACAGCAAGCCCCACGGCCCAACUGCAAUCUCGCUUGAUCUGACGUUCCACGAUGCGCAACACGUGUACGGCAUUCCCGAGCACGCAGACUCGUUUGCUCUUCGCGACACAGAGCGGACCAAGCCGUACCGGCUGUACAAUCUCGAUGUGUUUGAGUACGAGCUGGAGGAGACAAUGGCACUCUACGGCAGCAUCCCGUACAUGCUCGGGCACAGCCGGCGCCACACGACGGGCGCCCUGCUGCUCAACGCAGCGGAGAUGUGGGUGCACGUGCAGCGGUCUGGUGCGUCAUCUCCCGUGCACACGCGGCUGCUGCGUGCCCUCUCCUCGCUCUUCUCGUCCCCAUCGGCACAGGCCGGCGGCGAUGGCAACACGGCGUCCCGCGCGUCUGUCGACACCCAGUGGGUGGUGGAGAGUGGCGUUGUGGACCUGUUUGUCUUCCUCGGGCCAAAGCCCCACGACGUCUUUGCGCAGUACGCAAAAGUCACAGGCAUGCCUGAGCUGCCGCCGCUCUUCAGCCUCGCCUACCACCAGUGCCGCUGGAACUACAACGAUCAGGAGGAUGUUGCGCUGGUUGACCGGCGCCUGGACGAAGCGGACAUCCCGGCAGACGUCAUCUGGCUCGACAUUGAGCACACAGACGGAAAGAGGUACAUGACGUGGGACCGCACCAAGUUCCCUGAUCCAGCGGCAAUGCAGAAUGCACUCAACGUCAAGGAGCGCAAGAUGGUCAACAUUGUCGACCCGCACAUCAAGCGCGCAAGGCUUGGUAGUGCUUUAAGUGUGACUGUGCUCAUGCGUGGGCGCAUACGUAUGCGAAUAUGCAUGCCAACACACUUAAUACACUCAUGCAUAUUCACACACACGCGCGCACACACACACCUGCUUUGUGUAGCGCUGGACAAGUACGAGGGCACGACGCAAAGCGUGUUCUUCUGGAACGACAUGAACGAGCCGUCUGUGUUCAACGGCCCAGAGGUCACCAUGCACAAGGACGCAAAGCACCUCGAUGGCCGAGAGCACCGUGACGUGCACAACAUCUACGGCAUGUGGCAGCCGGCCUCCACUGCGGAGGGCAUUCGCCGGCGCUCUGGUGGGCACCAGCGCCCCUUUGUCCUCUCCCGCGCAUUCUUUGCUGGAUCGCAGAAGUACGGCGCCAUCUGGACAGGCGACAACACUGCAGAGUGGGGGCAUCUCAAGGCAAGCGUGCCCAUGCUGCUGUCUGUGAGCGUGGCGGGCCUCCCCUUCUGCGGCGCUGACAUUGGCGGGUUCUUUGGCAACCCGGACACGGAGCUGCUUGUGCGCUGGUACCAGGCCGGCGCGUACCAGCCCUUCAUGCGCGCACACGCCCACCUCGACACCAAGCGCCGUGAACCCUACCUCCUCGACGAGCCAGAGCAGACCAUCGUUCGCUCGACGAUUCAUGCGCGCUACCAGCUGCUUCCGUACUGGUACACGCUGUUCCACGUGAGCGCGACCACGGGCGUUCCCGUCAUGCGCCCAAUCUGGGCCGAGUACCCCGAGGAGGAGGACGCCUUUGCUGAGGAAACAACACACCUCGUUGGAGGCGAUCUGCUCGUCACUCCCGUCACCGUCGCCGGCGCCACCUCCGCCUCCGUCUACUUCCCGGGCUCGCAGCCGUGGUAUGACGUCGAGACUGGCCAAUCGCAUGCGGCACCGGCCCGCAAGACCGUCGCUGCGCCAUUGCGCAAGAUCCCUGUCUUCCAGCGCGGCGGCAGCAUCAUCCCACGCAAGAUGCGUGUCCGCAGGACGUCUGGCCUGACCCAUCACGACCCGUUUACGCUCGUGGCCGCACUGGACUCUUCGUCCACCGCUGAGGGCAAGCUGUACGUCGACGACUACAACAGCUACGCGUACGCCACCGGAAGCAAAUUCCUCAUCCGCUCCUUCCGCAUCGAGACGCGCGGCAGCGAUCUCGUCUUUACAUCCACUGCGGACGAGAGCAGCGGCGAAUGGACAACAGACGAAUGGAUCGAGCGCGUACACAACACCGCACACAGGCGAGCAAGUUAA